AAACUGGAGAUUAACUUUCUCGCGUAGUUGUUUUCCUUCACGAGGUUCCUCUUGUUUUGUAAAUGAAAAGCACAAAUGGAGGAAACGUAAACGUUGUAAACGAUCGAUAAAAGGAAAAAAGCGGUCCUCGGGGGCUGAAAUAAGACCAUCAGACCAUGUCCAGCAGCAGCAGCUCCCGGCCGUUUUCGUUCGUACACGUGACGCCAGAUAUCAAACCAGAUGCGCCGAAACAAGGGCAGAGAGGAAAGAAUGGGCAUACUACGGAUCAGGAUAUUGAGAUCUUUCGGCUUUCCGCUACGGAGACCACCGGCACAAACGAGGAGUAUCGUCUCAUCUACCACGACACUCUCCUAGGUGAAGGCACUUUCGGCGUGAUCAAGAAAGGCAGUAGUAGCAGCAGCAGCAGGAGUACAACGACCAGAACAGCAGGAGAGAGCGCAACUGUCGCCACGCCAACGUCCCCGAACAGCACAUUAAAAAACUGCGCCGUAAAAUGUUUCUUCGAACCGCAACUGAGAAAGCAGAAAAUCGACGCCCCAGGAGGGAGUGGUGGGCUCUUGCAGGCACGGAAAAGUAAAAAGCCCAGGACGAAACUCGAUUUGGUUUACGAGGAGAUCGCCAUCAUGGAGAAGCUUCAUUUACAUUGUAGUAAAAACAGCAUGACAAAUAAAAAUUGCGAAAAUUAUAAUUAUUUCAUUCGGCUGCACGAACCGAUUCUUUUGGUCAAGGAGAAAUACCUCUACAUGUUUCUCGAGCCGUGUUGCGACAUAUGAGAGUGCACGACAACUCCCCUCCCACAUUUGUAUUGCACGAACAGCAACAGAAGCAAUGCCACAAAUGUAGCUUUUGCAUAACAAAUCCGUACAUGGAAUGUAGUCCUGUUUGGGUGUCCAAAACUUGUCAUGUGCAGAGUGAUUAAAGGCAGGAUGUGCAUUCGGUAUUUUGCAUGAGAAAUGAGGGGUAGGGGGAGUUGUGCACUGUCAUGCGACAAAUUCGGUGCGAGUUUGGAGGAAAAUAAAUGGGAAGAGGAGUUGGAUGAGGACGAGGUGAGGAAAAUCGCUUUUGAAAACGAUUGGGCGCAGAACAGGUAUUUAAACUCCUUUGUGAUCCCCGGGCUGCAGAGGCUGAUAGAAGUGGAAGAAGAAAAAAAGCAUCAAAAGAGUAAAAAUUUUAAAACCGGGGGAAAUUCUGCUACUGCAACUACUGGACGAGAGCAGGCUGGAGGACAACAUUAUGUUGGAAAGAUACAAAGGAGACGAAUCGUGAGCGAGACAGAAGCGCUUCUUCAAAAUGACGUAACAACCUCUCAUGGAAGGACAAGGACAACUACUACAUCUUCUUCACAAGAACCCGGUGUUGAACAAGUGACAUCAACCACAAAACCUCCGCCCCCAGCAACCCACCACUACUACCCGGAAACGUGUGCCCGGCAGUUGGUUAACAAAUGCAAAAAUGUCUGGGUCUGGAAGAGUGUACACUUGUCAUGCAGGUUUUCCAUGAUCCAUGAUGUCUGGAAUGCGGGACCUAGCAUGACAGACUCUGAGAGGUCUUUGUCAUGUCUAUGCUGCAUGAGAAACUGCCUCCCAACUUGGUUGACAGUGGACAGCUUUUGGUAAUCAUGCAGCACAAAUUUUUGCAUGAUCCAGAGUCAGCAUGACAAGUUCCAACCUUCCAGACCCAGACACUUUUGCACUUGAUGUUGGUUUUCGAUCUGGUUUCCGCGGUGGCGUACCUUCACAACUUGAAAAUCGCCCAUAGAGACGUCAAGCCGCAAAAUUUUCUGAUUGACAACCUCGGGGUCGGGAAGCUCUGCGAUUUCGGCCGGGCCUUUGAAUUCACGGAGCCGGAGCUGCAUAGAAAUGGGGGAACUACAACAACAGCUCCGAAAAGCACAACUUUUUCUGACAGCACGACACAUCUGCUUCAACCGGGCGACUCUAACAGUGCGGCCAUAAUUCAUCCCGUUGAUGACGUCGACAGCACAGCACAACAGGAACAAGAUGACAAAUUUUCUGUUUUCACGCGGGACGACCAGGGUACCUACGAAUUUUUCCCCCCGGAGGUAUCCUGUGCAAAAGUAUCAUACUCGUAGUAAUCGCAGCCAUGCGUUACAAAUUUCCUUCUCAAGUUAAAUCCGCAUUGCAAAUUUCAUUUCUCAUGCUGAGGAAAUUUGUCAUGCGAUUUAGACUAGUACGCUGCUUUUGCAUUUCAUAGGAGGCCGUGGACUACGAGUACAAACAGAAAUGGUCCAUGAAGUCCCAGGACGUCUGGGCCAUUGGCGUCACCGCGUACUGUAUGCAUUGCAAAUAUGUCUGGGUCUGGAAGGUUGCAACUUGUCAUGCUAAGUCUGCUUCCUGUAAAAGUCUGUGUUGCAUGCUUACCAAAAGCUGUCCACUUUUGACCUGGUUGAGAAGGAGUUUCUCAUGCGGGACAGGCAUGACAGAGAUCUCGCAGAAUCUGUCAUGCUAGUUCCUGCAUUCCAGACCUCACAAGUCAUGGAAAAUCUGCAUGACAAGUCGCGCAUUCUUCCAGACCCAGACACUUUUGCAUUUGAUAUACUGUUUUCUGUUCGGAAAGCUGCCGUUUUUCCACUUCGCCCCGGUCCCGCUGUUCGACCAGAUCAAGUCACAAAACUGGGAAAUACCGGCACCCGGGUACAGGGGGCGAAAAGAGCGGUUGAGGAUGCAAGAGAGAAGGCUGACGGACAAGGACUUUAUGGUGUACGACGAAGACGGGGACUUGGUGAGACCGAUCGUGGACCCAGUUAGGGUGUAUCCGGAAGUGAGUGAGCAAGCCAAGCGGUUCUUGCGAACGCUGCUCGUGACGGAGCAGAACGGGCGGCGGGGUGUGGAUUUGAUGCGGUUGUUGAAACAGGACGAGUGGCUUAUUUGUGUUGAGCAGGGGGCGGCUGCGGCACAAGGAGCAGCAGAUGGUAUUGCUGGUGCUGACGCCGUCAGAUCGUGCACGACGAGGACCCCGGUGUUGGAGUUUUUCACGACAAAGUGGCGGGAGCUGUAUGUGUGUGAGGAAGUAGGUGUAGGACAGGAGAGGUCUGUCCGUUCUUCACAGGUUGUUCAAGCCGUGCAGCCGGGGACUGGUGCCAGGAGCUGCUGCUUUUAGCCAUCGUUCACAAAGCACGUUCAAUCAUGUUCAGGAGAAGACGUACAGAAACAGACAUAAUGAAAAGAAGAAGAAUUUGAAGCGGCAGCAACAGCAUAAGUACAGCAAGAACCCGG